AUGUUGGAUGUGAAUCAAUUUAUUGAGGAGAAAGGUGGUAAUCCUGAACUUAUUAGAAAGUCCCAGAAAGCAAGAGGCGCCAGCGUGGAAAUUGUUGAUGAGAUCAUCGCUGAUUACAAGAAUUGGGUCAAGACUAGAUUUGAAUUAGAUGAGUUAAACAAGCAAUUGAACAAAUUGCAAAAGGACAUCGGUCUAAAAUUUAAAAACAAGGAAGAUGCUUCAGGUCUUCUAGCUGAAAAGGAUAAAUUGACCAACGAAAAGAAGGAACUUACUGAAAAGGAACAAAAGGAAGAUAACGAUUUGAAGGUUAAGGUUAACGUAGUUGGUAACAUCGUUCAUCCAUCUGUUGUGGUUUCUAACGAUGAAGAAAACAACGAGUUGGUACGUACCUGGGGACCAAAAGAUUUAAAAGAAGUGGGGCCUAUUGCUGCUGCUACUGGUAAACCUGCAAAAUUGUCUCAUCACGAAGUUUUGCUUAGAUUGGAUGGAUAUGAUCCAGAACGUGGUGUUAAAAUUUCUGGUCACAGAGGUUAUUUCUUCAGAAACAACGGUGUGUUCUUGAACCAAGCCUUGAUCAAUUAUGGUUUGUCCUUUUUGGCCACUAAGGGAUACACUCCAUUACAACCACCUGUUAUGAUGAAUAAAGAAGUUAUGGGAAAGACCGCCCAAUUGUCACAAUUCGACGAAGAAUUGUACAAGGUAAUGGAUGGUGAUGACGAGAAAUACUUGAUUGCAACUUCUGAACAACCAAUUUCAGCAUACCACAGUGGUGAAUGGUUUGAAAAACCUCAAGAACAAUUACCAGUUCGUUACGCUGGUUACUCAUCUUGUUUCCGUAGGGAAGCUGGUGCCCAUGGUAAGGAUGCUUGGGGUAUCUUUAGAGUUCAUGCAUUUGAAAAAAUUGAACAGUUCUGUUUGACUGAACCUGAAAAAUCUUGGGAAGAAUUUGACAGAAUGAUUUCAUUAUCUGAAGAAUUUUACCAAGGUUUGAAUUUGCCAUACCGUGUCGUUGGUAUCGUUUCAGGUGAAUUGAACAACGCUGCAGCCAAGAAGUUCGACUUAGAAGCUUGGUUCCCAUACCAAAAGGAAUACAAAGAAUUGGUUUCUUGCUCCAACUGUACCGAUUACCAAUCAAGAAACUUGGAAAUCAGAUGCGGUAUCAAGAAGAUGGGUGACAGAGAAAAGAAAUACGUUCACUGUUUGAACUCUACUUUAGCUGCAACUCAAAGAGCCUUGUGUUGUGUUUUAGAAAACUACCAAACUGAGGACGGUCUAGUGGUCCCUGAAGUCUUGAGAAAAUACAUUCCAGGUGAACCUGAAUUCUUGCCUUUCAUCAAGGAACUACCAAAGAACUCAACUUCUAACAAGGGUAAGAAAUAA